AUGCUCGCUGCCGCGCAGGCGCAAGCGCAAGCUCAGGCCGCGCAAGUACAACACCUCUCCUCGCAACAGCAGCAGCAGCAGCAACAACAUAUACCGACCAACUCGAAUCCGACGGGCGAAGUUGCACAGACGCCCGCACAGCAGGUGCUCCUGUCCCCCGCUGACCGCUUUGGGCUCGUGGGCCUGUUAAGCAUCAUCAAGAUGCCAGAUCCGGACCUGUCAAUGCUGGCGCUCGGCGCCGACCUAAGCAAGCUGGGCCUGAAUAUGAACAGCAGCGAGCCGCUCAGUGCGUCCUUCCUGACACCCUGGUCGGAGCUUGCGACUGCCGCAGGCGCAGGAGAUGGAGCCGCAGGGGGUGCAGCGACAAUGGCGGCGGGAGGUGUAGGAGCUCCGUUGGUAGAACCCGACUUCCACCUGCCGAGCUGCUACAAUGUCCAGCCGCCACCACCAGCACAGACCAAGAUCGGCAACUUCUCUGACGAGACGCUCUUCUUUGUCUUCUACUCUGCUCCUCGAGAUGUUCUGCAGGAGCUUGCGGCCCAAGAAUUGUAUAAUCGCAAUUGGAGGUAUCAUAAGGACUUGCACCUGUGGUUGACUAAGGAGCAGAACACGGAGCCGACGCAAAAGACUCCGCAAUAUGAGCGAGGGAAUUACGUCUUCUUCGACCCUGGUCCAUGGGAGAAGAUUACGAAGAACUUUACGCUCUACUACGAGUCGCUUGAAGAGAAGCCGGCGGCACAGGCGCAUAUUGCACAGCAGGCUGCAGCCGCAGCCGCGCACCACGCUCAGCAACAAGUGCAAGCGCGACGGGCAGCUCAUCAGCAACAGCAGCAGCAGCGGCAGCAGCAACAACAGCAACGGCCGUAG